AUGUCCGACUUUUCAGAUCAGUCCCGGCAGAAUGUACAACCUUCACAACCUAUCGCAUCUACUUCAUCAUCCAUCCAAUUGAAGAGGAAAGCAUCUGAUUCAUUGGAGGAGAAAUCCACAAAGAAAGGCUUACAGUGUCCAUUCGAUGGCUGCAGCAAAACAUUCACCAAGGAAUGCAAAUUAGAAGAUCAUAAACGAACACAUACAGGCGAACGACCAUUCAAAUGCCUAGAGCCAAACUGUGAAAAGACGUUCGGACGAAAAGAUCAUUUACAGAGGCAUAUGAAAUCUCAUUCGAUCAAAGGACCAAAUCGAUCAACAUCCGUUGCAGAGGAUAUUGAUACGUUGCAAGCACAUCAACGGAAUGAGCAUAAGCCUAUGUGCAUGGAGUGCAAGAAGAAAUUCAAAGAUGCACGCAAUCUGCGAGUGCACACGCAGCGAUAUCAUCCUCUCUUAGUCGAAGAUGAGCAAGGCAAGCAAGCUGCAAAGAGAUGCACGCAAACAUUUGUGUCCAAGUACAAUCGAGAUUUACACGUACGUACCGUUCAUCGUAACGAGAAGCCUUUUAGCUGUCCUCAUUCGGAUUGUCAGCGUACUUUUACCAACAAAAGAGCGCUCAUGCGUCAUCAAUACAAAUGU